AUGAAGGUUACGCAGAUUGUUCUCCUUUCCGCCCUGCUGGCCAUUGUGCUUGCGGGCGGCUGUGCCGGGGUCGCCAACGCCCAGAGCCUCGACUUACCCGCGGAGGAUGAGAAGGAGAAGGGGGUGCUGGCUGCUUAUGGGAAAGAGAGCGCCCCUGCCCCGCCUCCGAAGCCUCACGGAAACUCGUCUUCGAAGCACCACGGAAACUCGUCUUCGAAGCAUCAUCCCGAUGGGACGGUGAUGAAUGGUCUCGGUGUGGUGCACGGUGUCCUCGGCCUUACCGUGGCGCUGGCCGCCGUCACGGUGUUCUAG